GUUUAAUGGAGAUUGAUGAAUGAAUUGGACAGUACAUCUGAAUGGUGGAGUAAGAAUAAGACACUGGAGCUGAACUUGACAUAAAGGCUUGGACUGUCGAAUCGACUCUUUGGAUAAGUAGCGAAGAUGUUUGGUCUAAUAGUUGGUAUUAUAAUGGUGUAUGCCCAUCAUCUAGCUGCAGAAAUAGUGUUUGAUGCUGUACCAACAAACGCAGCCGUUGUUUUCGGACAGGAUCUAUUCCUUUCAUGCUCAGCAAGAAACACAACAUCCAACUCUCAGAAUGGUUUAACAAUACGAUGGAAUCUAAAUGAAGUUCAAGUCAGCUCAAAAACGUCUGUUUUCUACAAUGGUACAUUACUUGUACCCUUGGUAACCAAAGAAGACCUUGGCAACUACACUUGUGCUGUUUAUGACGAUUCUGGUGACUUGGUUUUAGAAUCUCCAUCAGGGAAGGUGUUCCAUGCAUUUAUAAAGAUGUUUGAGGUCAGUCCAAUACCAGCGAAUGUUUUAGAAGAUGAAGAGGUGACAUUUGACUGUAUCACAGGAGAGAGUGCACCUCCACCUGAAAUUUACUGGGAGAGAAACGGGGAACCAUUCACUGGUGGGAAACAGUAUAGUGCCACAUAUGGUGGACAUAGUGAACAGUCACUGGUAAAGCAAUAUUCGAUGAAACUUAUACUGACAGCUAAGCCACAUCUUGAUGGUACAUAUAAUUGUGUUGCCAGGAAUCCAGUUCUUGGAAUAGCUAUAAGAAGUCGCAUUGUUCUGAUGCAGACGGCAGAAAUAGAAACAGCCCCGUAUGUUAUGGACGGUCAUCUACAGACUAAUGUUACAACAGCUCUGAACCAGCCAAUGCUCCUAGACUGUCCCGUCAUGGGUAAACCUAAAGUUGAUAUAGCCUGGUUUAGAAAUGGAGAAGCAGUCAGCCAAAUUGGUGAUUUCUUCAUAUUGAUGAAUGGUUCCCUGCACAGACCAAUUUCACAGCUGACAGAUGGAGGGGAGUAUAUUUGUGAGGGAACCAAUACACUUGGUGUUGCUCGUGCUCCAAGUAUAUCUGUCACCAUAGCAAGAAUAGACUUGAUGUUUGUGGAGCAGCCAAGCAACCUUUUCGUGAUAGCUGGUUUGCCAGCCACUUUAAAAUGUGCGCCACCAUACAGUGUACCGUCUGCUGCAGUCACAUGGUACAAAGAUGAUAUCUUAUUUGUGCCAAGGACAGGAGACUAUGCAGUGCAAGUAGUUAAAACAGUGGACGGUUACUGGAACAUUCAGUUUAAGAAUAUACAGAAACAGGAUGAAGGAGAGUAUUUCUGUGUUGCUACAAACUCGUAUGCCAUUCCUGCGUCCCGUACCUCGGUGUCGGCAAAAAUAAGUGUGGGAGGGGCACCAAUAUUUGUAGAACCACCAGUGGGCCUAACCAUAGAGAAAGGGAAACUUGCCAAGCUUACAUGUUAUGUACAGGGUGAUCCUUUCCCAGAGAUAACUUGGUUGUUUGAAAAUAAAGUUCUUGAAGUGUCAACAACUGUAUCAUUUAGGAAUGGUAAGCAGGAGCUUUGGAUAGGAAAUAUGAACAAGGGCAAUGAAGGGACAUACACCUGCAAGGCUUUCAACAGAUUUAGUACAAUACAGACAAGAGUUUAUGUCAAAGUCCUCGUGCCACCAGUUGUGUUACAGUCAGUUGGUCACACAGUAGCUAGUAAAGGAGAUGCUGUAGUUAUACCUUGUGGAAUAUACAGUGACCCUGACCCAACCAUCACAUGGUAUAAAGAUUCAGCUGCUAUAGCAAUGGGUGAUAGAUUUACUCAAUUGUACACGGGUCUAUAUAUAACAUCUGUUAUAGUAGAGGAUUCUGGGACGUAUCUGUGCCAUGCCUCAAAUAUGGCAGGAUCUGUAGAAAAUGAGGGCACUCUUGAAGUGUUGGUGAGACCAUAUUUUAUAGAGAAACCGUCAGACCAGGUUGUUAAUAUAGGUAAAAAUGUGACACUGACUUGUAUUGUGAAUGGCUUUCCAAAACCAGAGAUUACGUGGCACUUUAAUGGAAGUUCAAUGUUUCCACAGAACACUUUAUUAUCAUUGAACCAUGAAGAAUUAAUGCUGAUGAAUGUGAGUUGGAUGCACAUUGGAACAUAUACCUGUGUAGCUAAAAAUGAGGAGGGAGUAAAGAAAGCUGAGGCAACUGUAGCUGUCCGAGUUCCUCCAAAGGUUGAAAGGAUUGAUGGAGUGCCGUUACUUUACCUUGGGGAGAAUAUUCAACUCACGUGCCAUAUAACCGGGAUCCCUGCACCCAAAAUAGAAUGGUACUUUAAUAGACAACUUGUGGCCCCGAGCAAAGAUGGGAGAAUCUCUAUACCAGAACCAACGCUCCUUAAUGUGAAAUUUGCAACCGAAGAUGAUGAAGGUAUAUAUUCAUGUAAAGCUAUUAAUGCAGCUGGGGUCAGUCAGAAGGAUAUAGAUGUUUAUAUUAUAACUCGUCCAAGUCCCCCUGUGUUGAUCAAUGCAGAGACUGUAUCAGCUACUAGUAUCAUGUUAACAUGGUCCAUUAAACAACGUCAGCCACAAACUCCUAUCGAUCACAUCUUUGUCUCAUAUCGUAAACAUAUACAGUCAUCAAGCCCUUACAUGAAACUAGAAGUAAACUCUGAUGUAACAGAGUACUUGGUGGAUGAUUUGGACCCGGCUUCACACUAUAUGUUUCUUUUAUCAGCCAUGAAUUCUGCAGGAACCAGUGACAUCAGUAAUAUAUUGUCAGCUUUAACUUAUGAUGCUGGGCCAUCUAAACCGAGAAAUCUUCAAGUUAUGGAGGUCACAGCAUAUAAUAUAAGUGUUGGUUGGGAAAUUCCAGAAACAACAAAUGGUCAAAUAAAGAAAUACCAGAUCAAUUACAGAAAGAAAAAUGACCUCCAGGAUUCCACUAUAAUUAUAGGAAGUGAUAAUCACGCUAACCAUGACUAUAUUAUACCUGACCUGUCACCUUACACAUGGUACACCAUACAGGUUAGAGCCGCUACCAUAGAGGGGGAUCAGGUCCUCUGGGGAAACUGGACUAAUCCAGUUGAAACUAGAACUUCACAAACAGCUCCUACAGGACAACCUAGUGAAGUGAAGGCCCAGGCAUUAUCUCCCUUUACAAUACAAGUGACAUGGGAGGCAGUUCCACAGCAGAAACAGAAUGGACCAAUAAAACGUUAUUAUGUCAAAUAUUGGUUGCUAAGCAACUUGACUAAACCUGAAGGUGAAGAGGUCAUUGAUUCACUUGACCUUCAGGCAAACAUAAGUGGCCUUGAACCUUGGACAUUGUAUAUGGUAAAGGUUAUUCCAGAAAAUGCUGGAGGAGAAGGGGAGGCAAGCGAACCAGUCACUGUAAGGACAUCUCCUACAGCUCCAGGUUCAGCACCUUUGAAUUUGACAGUUGAGGUCCAGUCAGCUUCAUCGAUCUUGGUCAAAUGGCAGCCCCCUUCACCUGAAGACUGGAACAGUGAUAUAUCAGGAUUUAUAGUACAGUACUGGAGGCUUCCAGAUGGUGAUAUCUCCCAGCUGAUAUCCAAUGGUAUACUUGAUCUAGCUGCUAUUAUUAGGAAUUUGGACCCUUACACAGACUAUGGUGUACAUGUAGGGGCAUUUACAAAUCAAGUUACUGAUGGUAUAGGACCAAACACAGACAAUGUUACAAUAAAAACUGACCAAUCUUAUCCUGGUUCUGUUGUUGACCUUGACUUUUCAGCAACACCAACAAGUUUGAGGUUGUCAUGGAAACCGCCAGCCGUGACAAAUGGCAUCAUCACUAAAUACCUCAUUUUGUAUCAUUCCAUUGGUCCUGUAGUUGUUACCACACCUUUUCCACCAUCUCAGCCAAUCAUUGAAGAGCACAUUGAUGAGAUAUUAAAUAGCACAAGUUUAUUGGAUGAUAUUUUUAGAACUUUUGAUGAUUCUUUGACAGAAGAUAUAUUUCAGCCUCUGGCUGCCCUCUGUGAUAUUAUUCUGCACAAUGAAACCUUAAAUAAUCAAGUGGAGAAUAUAACUGAUAUCAUCCAAUCAGAGGAAGUGUUACAAAUUAAGAAUAUAUCAAGUAAUGUAGUGUUUGAUUGGAUGGAAAAUGAACAAAUCAGACUUGGUGAAUUAUGUUUGAAUCUUAGAAAUUUUGUGAUACAUCUAUUAUCAGAUAAACACAUAUCAAUAUAUGUAUUAAACAUGACAACUAGUAAAACAUCAGUUACAAUAUCUGACCUAGAAUCAGGACACAUCUAUAACAUAUCAGUAUCAGCAGCAACAGUGGCAGGGUUCGGUCCUUAUACCACCAUAGAAGCUAUCACAGCAAAUGCUCCGCCUACCCCUAGGACGACAAAGCGUCCUGUACCUCCGGUUACUAGGCCAUCGGUAACCAACCGUCCAUUAAUGAAGACAGAUGAGGAAACAGAACCUCUCAAUCUACCAGUGAUUAUAGGGGGUGGGGUAUCAGGCUUCUUACUGCUGGUGAUUAUAAUCCUGGUUGGUGGAUGCUUGUGUAUGAGGCGGAGAUCUCAGUCUGACGAGAAAUCAAAAGUAAUAGCAGAGGAAACUCUUGAAGAUACAAAUGCAAACAACAUGUACGGUCAAUUAGAUAGACCUAGUAAUACCCCAGCUAUAGCAGUGGCAGCAGAAGAUGGAACAGAUUCUGUAGAUAUCUACGGUGAUGAGGUCAGAUUUCAGUCACCUCAACGUCAUCAGUAUAACCAGAGUGCAAAUAGGUCAUACAUGACAGAAGAGAGUACUACUACAGUGUCAACUCAUGGUCGUCGUGGCAAUGAAUCUUAUCUAGGUUUAGAAAAUCCAUCUUACUCUGGACUAGCAGCUCCUAACACAGUAAAGAGUAAUCCAGCAUACUAUGAAGAGCCAUCAUCCAGUGACCUUGAGUCAAUCUCUGUCAGCAUGGCAUUCUCAUCAGAGGAUACCCUCUAUGCUCAGGCUGGUGAAAGUACUCUAAAGAGGAAGAAUAAAAUGAAAAGUUCUGAUGCAGCUGCUAUAGCAAGGCUCAGAAACAGUGCGCUACCUCCAGGCCUCUCACAGACGGACAAAUCCUCGCUGAUUAACAAUGAGGUUGAGGUGAUAUAUAAUGAAAGAACUGCACUGUGAUCUCAGGUUGAGUCAUUACUCAAUAAUAGAAAUAGCAAGAUGAUUUUGACAGAAAGUCAGAUAAAAAAAAAUCAAUUAAAACCGGAAUUGAAACUUUUCCGUUCCUACUAAAAGUGAAAAUUAACAAAAGGAGACACUCCUAUGCGAACUAUUGUGUAUUCUUAUCUUUAUCGGAAGGUGAAAUGUUCCAGAAUUAGGAUAUGCUAUAAAUACACUAGGAUUUCGUUAUUUUAUAUGUUAUAAAUACAGAAAAUGUCAAAACGUUUAAUAUGAUUAAUGCUCGAGAUAGAGAAUAUUCUCUGAUAUAGAGUAGUUAAGAAUCCCUAAACAAUUUUAGGGAUUGAGUAAUAAGAGUUUUAUGAAUUACUCUAGUACUAGUAUAUUGUUCUGUUUACCAUUGCCAUAUUAAACGAUUAAUUUGCUCAUUUUAAAUUAGGAUUAGGAAUAGAACAAAUAUAAUUUAAUAAUUUUAUUUUGCCCAUAAACUGCCUUUGGCAAUUUAUUUUUCUAAUGCUUUCAGUGCAGACCAAGAUUAGCAGGCACAUCUGUGUCGUCUGAUUAUGGUCUGCACUGUUCGCUAUCCGGUCAUUACAUAUAUUUGAAAUUUUCCCUAAAAGUUAAUGAAUGGUUUGUCUAGAUUGAAAGAUUGACAAGUCGUUUAAGAUAAGAUAUUUAGCAUGGUAAAGGUAAGGAAUUAUAUGUACACAGAUGAAAUUGCAAGCAUGUAUAUGCAAAAGAAAUAUGAAAGUUUAACUUUUUUUACAUUCCAUUAUUAUAAUGCUCACUAAUGCAGAAAGUUUAUCAAACUUUAUCAAUUUUUCAUGUGAUUUUCAUAACAUUAAUUUUGUGAUGUUUAUUUAAUCUAUUUACAUAUGUACUUGACUGCUGCAUAUUCAUGUUAAACAAAGCAGGUGUUUUGUAAUAUAUUAUGGAUAUUUGCUUGUAUUGCAUGUAAGAUUGGAAUAUAUAUCAAAAUGUGAAGACAAGUUAGAGGGAUCUAUGGUUGAGUGGUCAAGGUUGUUUAUUUCAAACCACUUGCCCCUCACUACUGUAGAUUUGAUCCGCGCCAGCAUCUGCAAAUUCUUUCAUGUGAGAAAGCUAUCAAGCUAGCUUACUGAACGUCGGUGGCUUUAUUCAGGUGCCUGUUUGUGCCUGAAAUAAUGCACGAAGGGGCAUCUGAUGUCUUUCUUAACCUGUAAAGCUUAAAAGUUGUCAUAAGACCUGUACUGUGUUGAUGCAAUAUUUUUUAAUGCUGCAAGGCAACAAGUUAAAAUAUAACAGCUGGUGUAAAUAAGUAAAAUUUAAUUUGAUCUUGCAUGCAAAAUGAACUUAUUUUAUUUCAUACUUUUUUGAUUGAUUUUAGUUGUGUAAUGCCUGUUGUCAUCAAAUCAUGUUUAAGAAAAAAUAGUUCUGCCAAAUGUUUUGAAUUUUGUUACAAUUUAACAUGAUAUGUACAUGUACAAAUAUGUUAGUGUUUCCAUUAAUCAUGCAUAUUUUAUUUAUGUUUAUGGGGUGUAUUUCUGACCACAUUUUCAUUUGUUGAUGAUAAAUUCCUUCACAACUGCAUUUUAAUGUAGUUGUGCAACUGUGACCUUGUAUUUUGAUAAUUUUAUCAUGAAUUUAACAAAAUAUAGUUUUUUUGACACUACAAAUCUGUAACAGAUAAUAUUCAUAGAUAAGCAUGUUAAAAAUUUUCUUUUACAGAUUUUUUGACUGUUUAUAUUACAGAAUAUAAAUGGUUUUAUGCUAUAUAACUCUCAGCAACAACCUGUCUUAAGCACCAAAAUGACUGCAUCCCUUGGCUGGGCUGCUUAACACAGUUUUCACUGUAUACUGAACCAUGUAACUUUUUCAAAGUUAUCUUUAACAUUGAAGAAUGCAUUUAUGGUUGUGUUUUAAUUAUAUUUGUAUUGAUUUUUUUUUACAUUUGUACAUCAUGUACAUAAAUACUCAGAUAUUCAUACGUAACUGUCAUCACCUUGAUAUGUUUAAUACUCUCGUACUAGUCUUUUAGUGUUCAUGUGUUCUUUGUGUGUUCUGUACAGUAUUGUGUUCUUAACUAGUUUUGAGUGUAAACAAAAUGGUUCAAAUAAACCUUAAAUUUUCAUCAAAAUCAGGCACAAAUAAAUAUGUGUUUAAAAGAAAAUCGAUUAAUAAAAAAACUCAGGCAAUUCCCUUUUGUUUUGUUAUUUAAAAAAAACAACAACAAAAAAGAACAUUAUGUUAUUUUGAAUUGAAAUAUUAAAAUGUUGCAGUCUUAAAAAAACUUCAGAUUAAUUUCAAAGUUAAGUGACAAAACAAUGUGUUAUAGAAGCCAAGAAAAUGUUAAUAUUUUCAGAUAGAGCUAUUGUUAUUUGGGUUUUUUUUGGUUUUUUUGUUGGGUUUUUUUGCCAAAAGGGAAAGGGAAAGUUUACAAGUUCAUUUACAAUAUUGUUGUAUUUUUGCCAAUCUAACUAUGACAUUAUUGUAAUUCAUGCAAAAAUAAUAAUUUUGAACAAAGCUGUAGUGUCAAGUGUUAUUUAACUUAUUAUUAUUGUUGACCAGUCUAAAACUUUAAGCAGGUGACUGGUUGCAUUUCAAAUCAACCACUUGCAGACUUGUGUUCUGUUUUUUUUUCUCUCUUGUUUAGCUACUGUGUUGUUACUGAAAUUGUUUUUUGCUUGUUUUGUGAAAGGCUGGGCCUUAUUAACUUUCAAUUCUAGUUAUUUAAUUCAGAUAUAAUACAUACAUAAAGUAUCCUAAUACUGUGUUUAAAUAUCAUUAUUAUCAGUUUUACAUAAUGAAUAUUAUCAUUUGUUUAUGUUAUUUACCUUAAGCCUUCUGGUGACAACCCAAGCAACCAGUGCAGACCAAGAUCAGCCCUCACAUCUCUACUGUCUGAUCGUGGUCAGUACUGGUCGCUUUUCAGUCUAUUUUUUCAAUUUUCUGUUAGAAUGAUUUGAAGAUGUGCAAGCCCAGUUAAAUCAUAUUUAUGGUGUGUUAAGGAUUAAAAAUACUCCUCAUGGACAUUGAAUCUUGAUUUACUGUCAUCAACUUUUUGGGAAAUCUUUCCAGCUAGGUUUUGCUAAAUAUAAUGCUCAUGCAGGUUCUCAUUUUUGCCAAAGUUCAAAACUGAAAAUUGGUGACCCAGUUUGAUUAAGUCUGAUGUCAAGUGUGAAAAAGAUUUAAAAUGCCCAGAAAAAGACGUAUAUUUUUCAAUUUAUUUGAUGUGUCAAGGAAUGUAGCAGAAUAUUUAUAUAUUCAUAAAUACUUAUAUAUAGGUACCAGUUUUAUCAAAGACUUGAAAGAUAAUUUUAAACAGUAAUUGAUUUCUUCAUAGAAACUUGACAUAAUAAAAGGAGUAAGCAUCCAAAAAAAAAGUUUUAUAUAUAACAUUGGAUGUAGAUAUUC